GACCACAGCGAAGCCCGCAACAAGGCCUGCCAGCACCAGGCCAACGUGCACAAUGGAAAAACAGGCCACUGCUUCGCCCGUGAAGCCCACCACCACCCGGCCCACUACGGCCACAGCAGUAAAACCGGCAUCCGUGAAGCCUGCAACUUCGACCGCGGCGAGGCCCACAACAACCAGGCCCACUGCUGGUGCCGCUGGCGCGACGACCACACGCCCAGCGCCGCGACCCACUGCCUCGACGGCUGCCGCUGGUGUGAGACCCGUCCCUGCCGUGCGGACGGUUCCCUCUCGCGCGGCCACUGCCACCGCCACCGCCACGAAGCCCACGUCGAGGCCGGCAGCCGGCACUACUGGUACCAAGCCUGCAUCGACUACGGCUCGGCCCGCAUCGUCGACUACCAGGCCCGGCACGGCCACCGCCACGAAGCCCACGUCGAGGCCGACAGCCGGCACGACCAAGCCCGCCAUCGCGGUGAAGCCGGCGCCCGGCUCGAGGGUUUCCUCGCCCGCCAAGCCCGGCGUCGCCGCCCCGCGCAGACCUUCGCCGUCGUCGGCCACGUCCUCCCCGCCAAGCCGGCCGGCGCGGCGUCCAAGCCCAGCACGAGCGUGUUCCUGUUGCGCGUGAAGGGUGCCGUCACCACCCACGUCUCCGAGAUGGAGGUCUCGUAUCGCUCCCUCAACAGCGGCGAUUCGUUCGUGCUCCUCGUUGGCGAUGGCUCGCGCAAGCUGGCGCGCGUGUUUGUUUGGCACGGCCUGCAGGCCAACCCCGUGGAGAAGGAGGCCGCCGAGGCUCUGGCUCAGCGUGUCGCCCACAGUUUCCAGGAUGUCAGCGUCCACGUUCUCCAUGAGGGCAAGGAGGAAUCCAAGAGCAAGUCGGCGGCCUUCUGGACUGCGCUGGGCGGAAAGGGCAAGCCCGCCACUGCGGCCUCGGCCGGUGCCGACGCCCAGGAGGAGACGAAGCCCAAGCCCACCCUCCACCAGUACUCCAUCCUCCAUCACCUCCACUACCAGGGGGUGAUCGCUGGCGUGUACGAGGAUGAGAAGGGCGGCGUGAAGCUCUUCACUCACGAGGGCGCCGCCAAGAGAAUCCCCGCCGUCCUGUUCAAGGACAGCGUGUGGCAGGACUCGGCGGUGGUAGCCCUGGACGCGUUCUACCACAUCUACGUGUGGGUCGGUUCCAAGGCUUCGGACAACCUCAAGCUAAUCGCCCCCAAGCUCGUCUCGGAGACUUUGGUGUCGUCGGUCAAGAACCGGCCCAAGACGUGCCGCAUCCGGCUGGUCAAGGCCGGAUCCGAGUCUCCCGCUUUCGUCGCGUUCGCCCCCGAGGACUUUGCCCAGCACAACGCCGAGGAAAAGUCGGAGGAGAAGAAGCAGAAGUCGGAGGAGGAGAACGGUUCCGAGGUCCGCACGGACGAUCACAAGGAGGAGACUGGCGCCGUCGUCGCUGUUGCCGCCACCCUUGAGGUGGUGGAGUCGAAGCCGGCAUCGGCGGAGGAGGGCGACGACCAGAAGGCCAAGGAAGAGGCUGUAGAGGAGGCCACCUCAUCGGUCAGCGACGCUGCAUCGGUCGACGAUGAGGCGAAGCAGCGUCAGGAGGACCAGGAGGACGAGACCGUCGCGGCGCCGGAGAACGGCGAGAAGGCGGCCGACCCCGUGCACGAGGAGAAGGCGCAGGAGGAGGACCAAGAGUCGCAGGAAUCCGAGCAACACGAUCACCACCACAACGAGGAGGAGGAAGCGGCUGACGAGGAGAAGUCAGCGGUCGAGUCUCACCAGCACGAAGCCAACGUCGACGGCCAGGAGAAGGCGGUGGAGGAGCCGACCGAGGAGGCCGACAAGGCCGAGGAGAGCGAAGCCGGGGCUCCCUCCGAGCUGGAGCAGGAGCAUCGCGAGGAGGAGUCAGUCGUGGUCGAACACGAGCCAAAGAAGAGCGAAGAAGAGGGCAAGGAGGAGGUGGUGGCUGCUGCCCACGAUGACCAUCAGGCCGAGGAGGAGAAGGUGGAGGAAGCGGAAGGCGAUGUGGCCGAGCACACCAGCGACGACGCCGACGCCGGUCACAAGGAAGAGGCACAGGAGGAAAUAGAGGCGGAGCCCAAGAAGAAGGAAGAAGAACUGGAGGAGGCCGCAGCGAUCGUGGAGGAGCUCAUCGAGGAAGCGAUCGAGGAGGUCGCCGAAGAGGGCGCGGUCCACUCCGCGCACGCCGAGGCAAGCCCCGCGGAGGAAGAGGAAGAGGAGGAGGCCCACGAGGAAAAGGCCGAGGCGGACAAGGUCGAGAAGCAGGAGGACGACGAUGAGCAGGAACAGGAGGAGGUUGCCGAGGCGGGGCACGCGAGCGAAGCCGGUGUCGGUCACGAGGAGGAGAAGGAGAAGGAGAAGGAGAUCGAAGAAGUGGUCGAGGAGGAGGUGAUCGAAGAGGGCAUCGUCCACUUUGCCCACGCCCACGCCGAGACGAGCCCCGCGGAAGAGGAGGCCAAGGAGGAGGAGGAGGAGGAGGAGACCACCGUGGCCGAGCCGUCCGAAGUGCAGGAGGAGCCCGAGACGGUCGAGGAGAAGGAAGCCGAGCACCACCACGACGGCGACGACGUGGAAGCGUCCAAGGAGGCGGAGGAGGAGGCGGUAGAAGCCGAGGAGGAGAAGGCCGAGAAGGAGGAGAAAGAAGAGAUCAAGGAAGAGGAAGAAGAGACCAAGGAAGAGCCCGAGGCGGCCCAGGUUGAGGAGCCCGAGCACGACGACGAUGGUGAGGAGAAGGAGGAAAAGGAGGAAGCCGAAGAGGAGGAGGAGAAGGCGGUCGAGAAGGAAGAGAAGGAGGAAGAAGAAGCGAUCAAAGAAAAGGUGCAGGAGGAGGAAGAGGAGGAGCUCGUGGCGCACGCCGAUUCCCACGAGAAGCACGGCGAGGAAGAGGAGGACGUCGAGGAGGAAAAGGCCGACAGCGAGGAUGUGGAAGAGGAGGUGGUGGCGGUCGAAGUGGUUGUGGCCGAGAAGAAGGCCGACGGCGACGAGGAGGAAAAGGAGGAGGGCGAGAUCUACGAGCCCGACGAGAAGGGCGACGAGGAGGAAAAGGCCGAGGAGCAUGCUUCGACCGAAGAGGUGGUGGUGGUGGUGGCGACCGAGAAGCAGGAAGAGGAGGAAGAGGGCGAGAUCUACGAGCCCGACGCUGAUGAAGAGGAAGUGGUGAUGGUGGUGGCGACCGAGAAGCAGGAGCAUGAAGAAGAGGAGGAAGAGGGCGAGAUCUACGAGCCUGACGCCGAAGAAGAGGCGGAGACGGUGGAAGAGGAGGUGGCGGCGGUCGAAGUGGUUGUGGCCGAGAAGAAGAACGAUGAAGGCGAGGAGGAGGAAGGCGAGAUCUACGAGCCCGACGAAGAUGAAGAGGGAGUGGUCGAGGAAGAGGAAGUGGUUGCGGUUCCGUCAGCCCAGGCGAACGAGGAAAAGGAGGAGGAAGGCGAGAUCUACGAGCCCGAUGAAGACGGAGAUGAAGAAGCGGUUGAGGAGGAAGAGGAGGAGGUGAUGGAGGUCGCCGACAGCCACCAAAUCUCGCCCGAGGAGGAAGAGGAGGGCAUGAUCUGA